CAAAUUUGAUGUCACAUCCAGAUCCCAUUGAAUUUCAACGAAUUAUUAGUUAUCCGUGAAACAAAUCGGGACACUUAUAUCAAGAUAUCCAAGCAAAAAGCAAAAAACAAUUUCUGGAAUUUAUUAGAAGUUAGGCGACUGGAUUUUUAAUGGACAAAAAUAAUACAAUAGUGAAACUAGAACCAAAGUCAUGCUACUUCAUUCAGACGUCAUAUCGAAACAGACAUCCGUUCAAAGGGUUACGAACAUUACUACAACAGAGAUUACUUGUGGACAUUGCUGUCACCUGCGGAAGCAGUACCAUGCAUGCUCACAAAAGCAUUCUUGCUUCCUCAAGUCCAUUAUUUCGAGAGGAGUUCGAAAGAAAUGCAUCUAUUGAACAAGUGGUUGUGAAAGGGUGUGAUUUUUCAGUGGUACAAGCUAUCAUUGAUAUAAUCUACAGUGGGGAGACAACUGUUACACCAGAGAACUUAAGGUAUUUGGCAGGACUGGCAAAAACUUUAAGAAUGGACAAACUUACUAGCAUUUUCAAUAUUUGGAACCGGGGAUCAACAGAGGUAGAGGUGAACAUUCCGAAACCGCAGUUCUUAACGAAACGCGUCAAGUACUUCUCACAAAGCAAUAUUGGUGAAAUAUUACCCUCCCCUCUUUUAAUGGUGAAAUCACAGCCCGAUGAAAUCGAUUAUAAAACAAGACGGAAAAAUAUUAACAACGAGGCUGAAAAAGCUUGCGUCAAAGAAGCUCAUGCUAGUCGAAUGGCGUUAGCACACCUACAGAAAGAAAUUGAAGCAGCACCACUAGUCAAUUCGUUUAUAAUAGAAGAAACUUGCACCGAAACUACAGUAGAAAAUUUCAUUCCUAAUGAAUUACAGAUUAUGGACUACAGUAAUUUUAAUUCAAUGUAUGUCCAUGAUCCUUACAUUGGUGGCAAAAAGCCAACAAACAUCAUGCAACUGCCAAACACACAAAAUCUAGGUGAGGAUAUUCGCUCAAGUCUGGAGCUUCUAUAUAGAAAUGAUGGUAGUAUUUUGGCUUUAGAUAAAAAAAAUUUGCAAAAUUUUCCUAAAAACUGUUUGAGCUAUCAGAUUGUUGACGAGAAUUCUAAUCAAAUCGAUGAUAUGCAACGAGUUCAAAUUUUAAAUAAUUGCCAAACUAGUCCUGCAGUUUCUAAUUUUAUAGAAAAUUCACACGAUUUGAACCUGGAUUAUGACGCAACCCCUGAUUCACCUACGCUUCAGAUUGUAACUAGUGAUUCUAUGGAUGAUUCUGAGGUCUUGACGGAAGAUAACGUCAAUGAUGGGAAUGUCACGUUUGCAAGUACUGGUUUUCCAAAUACGCAGUUUAUUCUUCACAAUUCUACUGAAUUUGAGGUGAACACUGGUAGUGAUGAUAAGUCAGGUUAUGAAUUAACAGGUAGUGAUAUGUAUAUGCCUACUUUAACAUAUACCCAAAGCAGUGAAAGUCAAAAUAGUAGUAAUUAUACAUUUAUCAGCAGUUCAAGUGAUGAUGUUCCAUUUUCUCCCGAUAUGUUUUUUUCUGAUAAUAGUUAGUACUAAGAUUAUAAAAUUAUGUGGAGUAAUUCAUUUAAAGGUGCUUUUAUUCGUUAAAGUUUUGUUACAUGGAUAUUGAGGUCGUUUUAGAAUUGUACAUUUAAGUUAAUUUUAAGUUAAAUUUAUAUUUUAAAAUAUUAAAGUAUAUAUUAAUAAAUUCUGUAAUUGCAUGGAA